UCACUCUCUCCCUCUCUCCCCUUCUCUUUCUUUCUCACGCCAUUAAAAUCUCUGAGGGAAGAUCUGAGACAGAGACAAACCACAUGAUGGAAGAGAGGCUGUUAAGACCGAACCAGAGAGUGCAGAAAACAGAAAGAAACGACGAGACUGAUGAAGAUCUUAAUAAUACUAAAACGACGAGCCUCAUCACAUGGAGAGCUUUCAAGCAAGAAGUGAAGAUCAUCGGUUAUAUCGCCGGACCUAUGAUUCCUGUUGUUUCUUCUCAAUUUAUUUUGCAGGUAGUUUCGAUCAUGAUGGUUGGUCACUUGGGUGAGCUUUCUCUCUCUAGCUCAACCUUGGGUCUCUCUCUCUCCAGCGUCACUGGUUUCAGCUUUCUUAUGGGAUUGGCAAGUGGACUAGAAACUCUGUGUGGACAAGCUUAUGGAGCUCAACAAUAUCAAAAGCUUGGAACACUAACAUACACUGCCAUAUUCUCUCUCAUGCUAGUUUCUCUCCCACUCUCUCUCAUUUGGAUCUACAUGGAAAAGAUCCUGGUCUUCAUAGGCCAGGAUCCUCUAAUCUCACAUGAAGCAGGCAAGUUCACAAUAUGGCUUAUUCCUUCACUUUUUGGAUUUGCAAUUCUACAGCCUCUGGUUAGGUAUUACCAAAUGCAAAGCUUGAUUCUUCCAAUGCUUUUGAGCUCUUGCUUUUCUCUUGUUCUUCAUGUGCCUCUUUGUUGGGUUUUGGUGUUCAAGUCUAAGCUUCACAACCAUGGUGCUGCAUUGGCCAUUAGUAUUUCAGUUUGGGAAAAUGUGAUCAUUCUUUGGUUAUAUAUGAGAUAUUCUUCUUCUUGUGCUAAGACCAGAGCUCCUAUAUCUAUGGAGCUUUUUAAAGCUAUUGGGGAGUUCUUUAGGUUUGCUGUCCCUUCUGCAAUUAUGAUAUGCUUAGAAUGGUGGUCAUUUGAGCUGAUGAUCUUGAUGUCCGGACUAUUACCAAACCCACAACUUGAAACUUCAGUUCUAUCUAUAUGUCUCAACACCAUUUCAACACUCUAUUGUAUUCCCUAUGGAAUUGGUGCAGCGGCAAGCACCAGAAUUUCAAAUGAACUAGGAGCUGGGAAUCCAGAUGCUGCACGAGUAUCUGUAGUGGUUACUAUGUCUAUUGCAGUGUUGGAGACAACACUUGUAAGCACAACACUUUUUGCGUGUCAUCAUGUUUAUGGUUACACUUUUAGCAAUGAGAAGGAGGUUGUUGACUAUGUCACUUUCAUGGCUCCUCUUCUUUGUCUCUCUGUUAUCCUUGACAGCAUACAAGGUGUUCUUUCAGGCAUUGCUAGAGGUUGUGGAUUGCAGCAUGUAGGGGCUUACAUCAACUUAGGAGCAUUUUAUCUAUGUGGGAUUCCAAUAGCUGCUGCAUUGAGUUUUUGGGCAAAAUUGGGAGGAAAAGGCCUUUGGAUUGGAAUUCAAUUUGGCUCUUUUGUGCAAACUAUUCUACUUUGCAUCAUAACAUGUCGUGUAAAUUGGGAGCAACAGGCCAACAAUGCGAGGAGGAGGCUAUCUAAUGAACAGGUCUUUGCAAAUAAUGGACUCAUAUGAGACACGAGUGUAUAAAUAUUAAGGAUAAUUUUAGCCCAUGAGUGACUUGUUAGUGUUAUUUUUUGUACACAUGAGUGUAAAAAAAUUUGUAGAGUUUCCAUAAAAUAAAAGAAGCAGAACUAUAAGAGAGAAUGAUGAAAAGUAGAAUGAAUGGAUUUAGGCACAUUCUCACCUUUUGUAUCAUUUAAGGUAUUUUAAAUUUAGAAAAUUCAAAUACCAAAUCUCUCUCUCUCCCUAUAUAUAUAUAUAUAUAUUCAUACAUGCAUGAAUGUGUGUGUGUUUUUUUUCUUUAGACUCUUUCUUGAGUUUUUCCUUAUUAUUGUAUCUUUGUACCAUUCUCUAUAAUAGAAAGGAAAAUCAAUGGUUAAUAGUAAAUUAUUUUUUCUUAAAAACUAAAUACUAUCAUUGUAAUGUUAGGAUAAUGAUUGAGUAUAAUAAAUCCAUCAAAGUUGUUGUAUUAGGUUCUUAUUUGCAUCACAAGGUGAAUCAUUGUAAUGUUGAAUCUUUCCUUGCGGUCUCUUAUUCUAUAGUUGGAAUCAUUCAAUUACCGUUUUGAUCAUUUUUGUCAAUCCAUUUCUCUUUCUAUUGGUGGUGGUUCUUCAUCCUUCUCAACCUCAACAGUCCUCUUGCCAAGUCAAGUUGGAUUUUUUUUUUUGGGUUUGAUGGUUCUAAGCUUUUUCAUUAAAUUUUCAAGGUUGAGCAAUUUUUCUAUUAUUGUGACACCUUUAAUGACCAUCAUUUAUUUGUUGCUUUCAUUUUGAUGGCCCUAUUUAUCCCUGAUUUAAGAUGUUUGUAGAACAAGACUUAUCAAGUUUGUGGGUGGGUGGGUGUGUAGACCUUGCUAAUGCAUUCAAGGAUCAUUAUGGUCCUUUUCAAUUUGAACGCCUUCAUGCCAAGCUUUUUAAACUUGUGUAGCUAGACUCAUUCAAGCCAUACUACUAGGAUUUUAUGAAUUUGGCUAAUCACAUUGAGGGUUUGGAUGAUGCUUCUCUUUUGGAUUGCUGAUGAAGUGAUUCUUGAGCUUAUGGGAGAGAACGCAAAUACCAACUACUCUUCACAAUCUCUCUCUCUCUCCAGACUUUUCAUGGUUCAUGUGGCAGUUGUACCCUCUGCUUUUAUAGGGAUCAUCAGUGGCACAAAAGUUCAUAUUCUUGUGGAUGAGGGUGCUUUUAAUAAUUUGACUUAUUCAUAUAUUGUGCACCAUCUAAAGUUACCUAUUGAUUCUCCUUUUCUUGUGCAGAUUAGUGAUCUUUUUGAAAGGAAGGGUGAUAGCUUUGUGUGUGAUAUUUCCCUAGCUACCGUCCAAGGCCACUCUACUCCUUCAAAAGAUGAUGAUUAUGUAUUGGUAAGAGUGGGAUUUGAUCUAGUUAUUAGGUCAGGGUGGUUAGCCACUCUUUGGUUAUCAUUUUGCUAAUGAUAGAACUACUAGACAUUGAAAUUCCUUGUUAAUGUUAAUAUGUCAUGGUACAAGGGUAUCACCAUACUUCUCCUUAACUAGUGUGGCUACAAAAAUUGCAUUGCUUGUCUCGUGUCUACCAUAAAGUCUAUCAAAGAUUGUUGGGUUAAAAGGAAAAAAUAUGCAUGAACUUUUUUGUUCAA